UUCCCUCUCGCUAACAACACUUGUCCCAGUGACCGAGUCGUCCUUCUUCUUAAACCGUGUUGCAGGCAAAGCUGGCUGAGCUCCACCAGAAGCUAGCCAUGGUCAACAACGCAAGCGUGGUGGCCGCAGGGCUCAGCCUCGUCGGGGGCGCCAUUGGGGCCUACUUCUUCUGGCCCGCGGCGGCUGGGGUGGCCGGGGCGGCCGCCGCCAUGAAGGCGCCCGGCGCCGCCGGAUUCCUCAUCUCCCGUGCGGCGUUCCUGGCAAACCCGCAGCUGUAUUUCCAGAUCCUUCGCACGGCCGGCGCCGCGGCGGCUGCCGCAGCUUUCGCCCUGUAGCGAGUACGCACGUCUGCAUGAGUACCGUUCCUGUGUUCGCCGCGUUGCAUACAACGCUAAUAAUGGAUCUAUCAAUAUUAUCUAGUUUUUGAGAGUGUUUAAGAGGUGUGGAUCUAAGUAAUGUAACUAUCUAGUACUAUCUGCUUGGUGUCACGGUACUCGUGUUUGUCCUGUUGUCGAGUACAUCUAAGUAUGCUAAUUAAUCUGUUCAAGAACCUUCUGCUUACUAGAUUAUUGUUA